GCAUUGGUGAUGCCAGGUUCAGCGUGCUCAGACACACAGACAGCUGGACACACAGGACCCUUGGAUGGACCCUGUCCCCUCCUGUCCCAUUGUUCAGGGCUGUCCACCUGGUUCUCAGGCUUCAGCCCCCUCCUUAACUUGAGUUCUGAGUGGUGUUGAGAAACGGAACUUCAGUCCUACUCUAGUGCUAAGAUGACAAAGGAUUACCAAGAUCUCCAGCACCUGGACAACGAGGAAAAUGACCAUCACCAACUCCAGAGAGGGCCGCCUCCCACUCCACCGCUCCUGCAUCGUCUCUGCUCUGGAUCCCGCCUCCUCCUGCUCUCCUUGGGCCUCAGCCUCCCGUUGCUGGUGGUUGUCUCUGUGAUCGCAUCCCAAAACUCCCAACUCCGGGGCGACCUCCUGGCUCUAAAGCAGAAUUUCAGCAACUUCACUGUGAGCACUGAGGACCAGGUCAAGGUCCUAGGCACCCAGGGAGCUAGCGUGGGAAGAAAGAUGAAGCAACUGGAGUCACAGCUGGAGAAACAGCAACAGGAUCUGAGUGAAGACCACUCCAGCUUGCUGUUGCACGUGAAGCAGUUAGUGUCUGACCUGCGCAGCCUGAGCUGUCAGAUGGCGGCCCUUCAGGGCAACGGCUCUGACAGGACCUGCUGCCCCAUCAACUGGGUGGAGUACGAAGGCAGCUGCUACUGGUUCUCCAGCUCCGCCAGGCCCUGGGCUGAGGCAGACAAGUACUGCCAGCUGGAGAAUGCCCACCUGGUGGUGGUGACCUCCUGGGACAAGCAGAAAUUUGUCCAGCACCACAUGGGCCCCGUAAACACUUGGAUUGGCCUAACCGACCAGAGCGGGCCCUGGCGAUGGGUGGAUGGGACGGACUACGAGACGAACUUCAAGAACUGGAGACCAGGGCAGCCGGAUGACUGGUACGGGCAUGGGCUUGGAGGAGGUGAGGACUGUGCCCACCUCACCAACGAUGGCCGCUGGAAUGAUGACGUCUGCAGGAGGCCCUACCGUUGGGCCUGUGAGACAGAGCUCAACAAGACCAAGACCGUCGGCUAGGAGCUCCCUCCCCUUAACUUAUUUCUCCAGUGCCUCAAGCUGCCCAGGUCUGGGAUUGAGAGAGCCACAGCCUCAGGGAUUCUCAUCUAGGGUUUCAGGGAAGGGGAAAGAACGGUGUUGGAGGGGUGUGGCAUGACCUGGUGGGGUGGGGUCAUGGGGACCUGGAACACUGGGCAGUGUGCAGCUUACUGUUGUCAACUUUCUUUUUAGAGUAAAAAGGAGAGAACUAUGCUAACUGCCCA